UUCACAAUCAGGAGGGAGAGAGAGAGAGAGAGAGACAGCAAGAGCGCACUGCUGUGCACCAGCGCUCCCACGCCCCUUCCUCGUGACUCUCCCGCUCGUCCGUCGGUUCGUUCAUCCACCCCCUGGCAUCCGAAAGUCGGCAAGCGACGGACGGCACGGACUGAAGGACCGAGAGGGGUUUCGCGUUCUCGAAGUGGAAGGAGGCGCGAUUGUGCAGACGCGAGCGCAGAUCCAAUCCACGUUUGGAGGAGGGUGCGCUUCUCCCACCACCACCACCACCACCGCAGCCAACGUGCUCAACCUCGUCACUUCAUCUGCAUAUCUCCGGAGGAUAUGCCGAACGCAUCAGAAGCCACCACGCUCCGAGCCAAUGACAACAGCCAGCCUGACCUUCUCCAGAACAUUCUGAACCCACGCGGCGACACCACCACCACCACCUCCUCUUCCUCCUCCACCGUCGCUCUCUAAGGAAUGCGCCAGCCAACGAGAAGGGUUCCCUCAAGCCUCUCAGGUUCUGGAUAAAGUAAACCCCUGCUGCUCCUGCUGCCAGCCUCUCCACGCUCUUUGCAGCAGCAGCAGCACGCAUCCUCCCUCGCCUUCUGCAAGGAUGCACGUCGCGCCCAGCCGAUGCAGCAGGACGAGCCCCUGGCUCUCCUCCCACUGCGCGAGGUCUCCGCUGCUGGGCGCAAGACUCGCCGCGACUCCAAUGACGACGCCGCCGCCACCGAUGCCGCCGCUGCUCCUCCUCCUCUUCCUUCUCCUGCUCCCUCCUUUACCUGUGAGCGUGGCUCAAGACCGAGCCACGCACUCGCACUCGAUCCGCAUCGAAGGCGACAUCACCCUGGGCGGCCUCUUCCCCGUGCACUCGAAGGGCCCCGCCGGAGUGGCGUGCGGCGAGAUCAAGAAGGAGAAGGGCAUCCACCGCAUGGAGGCGAUGCUCUACGCCCUCGACAAGAUCAACAGCGACCCCGACCUGCUGCCCAACAUCACGCUCGGCGCGAGGAUCCUGGACACGUGCUCGCGGGACACGUACGCGCUGGAGCAGUCGCUCACGUUCGUGCAGGCGCUCAUCGAGAAGGACACGUCGGACGUGCGCUGUCAAAACGGGGAGGCUCCCGUGUUCACCAAACCCGAGAGGAUCGUCGGAGUCAUCGGCGCCUCGGGCAGCUCCGUGUCCAUCAUGGUGGCCAACAUCCUGCGUCUCUUCCAGAUCCCGCAGAUCAGCUACGCGUCGACGGCACCCGAGCUGAGCGACAACAACCGCUACGACUACUUCUCGCGCGUCGUGCCGCCCGACUCCUACCAAGCGCAGACCAUGGUGGACGUGGUGAAGGCGCUGGGCUGGAACUACGUGUCGACGCUCGCCUCCGAGGGCAACUACGGCGAGAGCGGCGUCGAAGCGUUCAUCCACUCGUCGCGCGAGACGGGCGGGGUGUGCAUCGCGCAAUCACUCAAGAUCCCACGCGAACCGCGGCCCGGGGAGUUCGAAAGGAUCAUCAAGCGUCUUCUCGACACGUCCACCGCGCGCGUCGUCAUCAUGUUCGCCAACGAAGACGACAUCCAUCGGGUACUGGAAGCUGCCAAGAAGGCGAACCAGACGGGGCACUUCAUCUGGAUCGGUUCGGACAGCUGGGGAUCAAAGAUCGCUCCCAUCUUCCAGCAGGAAGACGUAGCCGAGGGAGCCGUCACCAUCCUACCGAAGAGGGCCCGCGUCGAAGGCUUCGAUAAGUUCUUCAUGGAGAGGAGACUCGAGAACAACCGGAGGGACGUGUGGUUCGCGGAAUUCUGGGAGGAGAACUUCCAGUGCAAGCUGGGCAAGCCAAGCACACAGCGGGAUAGCAACAGCAAGAAGUGCACAGGCGAGGAGCGGAUCGGCGUGAACGCGACGUACGAGCAGGAGGGCAAGGUGCAGUUCGUGAUCGACGCGGUGUACUCGAUGGCGCACGCGCUGCACAGCAUGCACCUGGAGCUGUGCCCCGAGUACGUGGGGCUGUGCCCGCGCAUGGACCCCGUCAACGGGCGCGAGCUGCUCAACUACAUCCGCAGGGUGAACUUCACCGGUAGCGCCGGCACCUCGGUGCUGUUCAACGAGAACGGCGACGCCCCCGGACGCUACGACAUCUUCCAGUACCAGCUCACCAACACCAGCAGCCCCGGCUACAAGGUCAUCGGCCAGUGGAUUGACCUGCUCAAGCUGGACGUCCACGCCAUGCAGUGGGCGGGCGGCUCGCAGGAGAUCCCCGUGUCGGUCUGCUCCCUGCCAUGCUUCCCCGGCGAGCGCAAGAAGGGCGUCAAGGGCGUGCCCUGCUGCUGGCACUGCGAGCAGUGUGAGGGCUACCAGUUCCAGCUGGACGAGUUCAACUGCCAGCUGUGCCCGUACGACCGGCGCCCCAACCAGAACCGCACGGGCUGCCGCGACAUCCCCAUCGUCAAGCUCGAGUGGCACUCCCCGUGGGCCAUCAUCCCCGUGUUCUUCGCCAUCCUCGGCAUCGUCGCCACGACCUUCAUCUUCGGCACGUUCGUGCGCUUCAACGACACGCCCAUCGUGCGCGCGUCGGGGCGCGAGCUCAGCUACGUGCUGCUCACGGGAAUCUUCCUGUGCUACGCCAUCACCUUCCUGAUGAUCGCCACGCCCGGCGUGGUGCUCUGCUCCUUCCGCCGCCUCUUCCUCGGCCUGGGCAUGUGCAUCAGCUACGCGGCGCUGCUCACCAAGACCAACCGCAUCUACCGCAUCUUCGAGCAGGGCAAGAAGGCGGUGACGCCGCCCAAGUUCAUAAGCCCCACGUCGCAGCUCGUCCUCACGUGCAGCCUCAUCUCGGUGCAGCUACUCGGCGUGUUCGUGUGGUUCGGCGUCGACCCGCCCCACAUCAUUGUGGACUACCAUGAGCAGCGCUCGCCCGACCCCGAUGACGCGCGCGGAGUCCUCAAGUGCGACAUCUCCGACCUCUCCAUGAUCUGCUCGCUGGGCUACAGCAUUCUGCUCAUGGUGACCUGCACCGUGUACGCCAUCAAGACGCGCGGCGUGCCCGAGAACUUCAACGAGGCCAAGCCCAUCGGCUUCACCAUGUACACCACCUGCAUCGUGUGGCUCGCCUUCAUCCCCAUCUUCUUCGGCACCGCGCAGUCCGCCGAGAAGAUGUACAUCCAGACGACCACCCUCACCAUCUCCAUGAGCCUCAGCGCCACCGUGUCGCUGGGGAUGCUCUUCUUCCCCAAGGUCUACAUUAUCGUGCUGCACCCGGAACUCAACGUCCAGAAGCGCAAGCGCAGCUUCAAGGCCGUGGUCACGGCCGCCACCAUGUCCCAGAAGCUGUCCCAGAAGUCGGGCGAGCGCCCCAACGGUCAGGCGAAGACGGAGAUCUGCGAGAACGCUGCCGAGCCCAACAGUAAGUGAGCUCCAACCGACCCGGGAAAGAAGGCCACGUACAUUAACUACAGCAACCACACAGGUUAAACCGCGACAGAGGAUGUGAAUGGGGGUCGUGGGAGGGGAGGGAGCCCGUGAGAGCGAUGCCCCCUGCCGAAGCCAAGCACAUCCCAAAAAAAAGUUUACAAGAGAGGCGACGACGAUACCGCGCGUGGUCUUGGAAUCAAAAGCGAAAACAAAACAACAAAAACUUUGUGCUCGACACUCGGCCGAUCAGUCACUCGGCCGAUCAAUCACUCGGCCGAUCAAUCACUCUCCGCUCAUCACCGACAGCUGCAACCUCCUCCACCUCCCAAAGUGAGGUGGGGUCUGGGCCUGGCUGGCUUCGCAUACCUGAGUGGUGGCGAACUGACGGAAGGUUCCGCUUUAGCCUUGAAUUAACCCUAGAGUUCAUUCAGAAGAGUUAUACGACUACUACUACAACAACUACUAACAACAACUGCUAACGACAUCAACAACAACUGCAACAACGACGAUGACGACAAAAAAAAUCAUUUUACAAAACGAGAAUUCCGUGCAAUGGCGUUUCUCUUUUUACGUUGUUCGUGUCGCGUGCACCCGCGCGAGUCUCCUCGCUGUCUCGCAACCUCCACGUCAGUAGGAAGAGGAGGAAGAGGAGGAGGGAGAGGAGGAGGAGGGGUAGGAAGAGGAGGAGUAGGAAGAGGAGGCACGCGGAAGAGAGAGACGGGGUCGAUGUCGCCGUGAUCGCUGGAUUCCCGUGGGUCACAAUGACAUAACGCAACAACAACAACAACCGUGGGUCACAAUGAGAUAACGCAACAACAACAACAACCGUGGGUCACAAUGAGAUAACGCAACAACAGCAACAACAACCGUGGGUCACAAUGAGAUAACGCAACAACAGCAACAACCGUGGGUCACAAUGAGAUAACGCAACAACAGCAACAACAACCGUGGGUCACAAUGAGAUAACGCAACAACAACAACCCAAAAGUAGUUAAAGUGAAAACAAAAUAGAUUGGGGGGGAAAGAUAUUUUUAAAAACCACACCAACAAAGAAUCCUCCUUGCAGCGCAACCUCCUCGCUUCUCUCUCCCCAACCCCCUUCCUCCUCCUCGCGAAUUCACGGCAACUUCUCUCGCCGGAGCUGAGCGAACCAUCGAACGAGACCGCGGUCCCUGCGAGUGAAAUCCCCAACGCACUCGGGCUUAGAACCGAGUCCCGUGGUGCUCGCCGCGGCUUCUUCUGCGUGGGCUGGGAUGGUGGUUGGGAGCACGGGAGGAACCGAGACACCCGGCGCUUUGCUCGUCUCGAAGAUUUCGCUCGCGAUGCUGUUCGAGACUGAUGGAGAGAGGACGGGGAAGUGGCGGCGGUGGUUUGCGGCAUGGGGGUUUGGCGGUGGCGGUGGUGGUAGAGAGGUGUGAAAACGAUGGCACACGAAUGAAAAAAGUUAUCCAGCUCGAACCUGCAACGCGGGGAUUUUUUUGUUUAAUUGUCUGCGUUACUUCCGUUUGAGGCGACAACCGAUGGAAAGUUAUUUUGGAGAGAGAGAGAGAGAGAAGGUUCAACUCCAGAGCGGCGCGCGCUGGACCGUCAAUGAAUGGCAAACAUUUGUUUACUGAUAAAGCAACCGAAUUGCAUUUGGGUGGUGGUGGCGGGGUUUGCAGCGCGAGGCUUCUAAUGAGGAGGAGGAAGAUGCUUGAGUCAAAGGAUGUUUGGCAACCGGGGGGGGGGGGGGGGAUAUUAAAACAAAGAUAUGGUUAUUAUACAAUUAAAGGGGUAAGAGAUGAACAAAAGCGAGAGGGACACUGUAUAUCCCAGUGUAAACAGCAUCCGUUUACAUCACCCUGCCUGAAACUCGUGAUGUCGUCUGUGACCUCAUUUUAAAAAGGUAUUGAGUCGAAAUUCGUUUUCAUUGCUUCCUCGAGGUGCCCGAUUGUCAAAAAUGCCAGUUCCUUUAAAGUCGCGAUCCGCUCACCAGAUUGUUCCAAGUUUCUCCAAUUGAAACGGGACACAACCGGGGGGUGGGGCGGUCCUGGCUUGCGCGCGGGAGAAAGCGAGACGAACAAAAAUAGAGAAAGACCGGUUAAUGUGGAAAUCUGGAAUGGAUUCAGGACUCUGGACUGGAUUCGGAUUAAAAUCUGGACUGGAAUAUAAUGUGGAAAUCUGGACUGGAUUCGGAACUCCGGACUGGAUUCGGAUUCAAAUCUGGACUGAAAUCUAAUGUGGAAAUAUGUACUGGAUUCAGAACUCCGAACAGGAAUCGAAUUCAAAUUUGGACUGAAAUCUAAUCUGUAAAUCUGGACUGGAUUCAGAACUCUGGACUGAAAUCUAAUGUGGAAAUCUGGACUGGAUUCAGAACCGAUGGUGGGGGCUGGAAUUUUGAAAACCGCCGAACUCCAAAGCAUUUCUAUGUGACCGCAAAAUGAAAAUGACAAAAAAAACGAAUCCCCUGCCCCCCCCCCCCCCCAUGAUGAAAUUCCUGCUUGCAUUGCCUGUUUAAACCAUUCUCGUUAAUGUUUUCUAGAUGUUUAAUUGGAACUGAGAUCUGCUGUACAGUCUGUUUCUGGUCAAAGUUUGCGUUGUACCCAAUUGCUGGCAAAUGCUUCUUCGUGCUGUGCUGUAAGACAUUUCACAGACUAGAGAGUGGUGGCUUUUGUCACUGUUUUAUUGCGGGCUGCCAAAUGGAAUGAACAUUUUUAUAAAUACCACUUGAAAUAAAAAUGAUUAUGUUGAAGCUGC